AUGGCACACUCCGACAGAUUAAAAGAUUUAUUCAUUCAAGACGAGUCUCAAACUCGGCUAUAUCGGCCGCGUCAUCUGCCCGCGUGCACCGGGCCCCAUAAAAGCUCCCAAAGCAAGAACAAAACAGUCGCGGAAUUAUGUAGCGAGCGACGCUUUCAAAGGGCCUCGUUCGUGCUCCGCUAUAAUCAUAAACAUAGAAAACGCACAAAAGCCGGCGGCGUCGCGUCGCUGUCAGAUAAAGUUGUAGCGUUUCUUUUGCUAGCCGCGCCUACGAGAGAAAACGCCGCGUGCGAGCGGGACGGUCGCUCCGCGCCGAUCGUUAGCCCUGAUCUUCAGCGCGCCACAAACACAGAGCCCGACCGAGAGCGAAAUUGCAGCGAGAAUGCACCUAGCUGUGUUAUUAACGCGAACGCUUCGGUGAAAAAAGGCCCCCUUCCGCAGGCGAGCGCGAGCGAAUCGCGUCCCAAUUCCUAUAGAGGUUGUGGCGCGAACCGCUCGCGCGGGCGUCGCGGCCGGUUGUUUGCGCGGUGCGAGCGAUUGUGGACGUUGUCGUCGGGGUAUAAGUCUAGUAUAUUUAGCCCGCAUUGCAUCGACGGCGUGGUGGGUGUAUUAGGUCGCUCGCACGCACUGCUGAACUAG